UUUUGAGUGCGUAAAUAUGUGCCAAAUUCAGCCCGCAGACCUGCUGAAACUUCGCACACAUGUGUAAAAAUAGCGUAGGAGCAGCCUCAAACACCUCCAAUAUUCAAACUUCCCGCACUUAUGUUAUAAAAUCUGUUACAAGCGCAAAAGGCUCUUCAAGCUCCGUUGCGUUAUGUUCACGAGUUGCACUACUUUUACGGUCAUGCGUUGGCUCAGUGUUUUGCCUCAUCUAUCAUGGCGGAAAAGUCUUCCCGUGUUACACUUUACGUAAACCUGUGACGUUUCACCGGUAGCGCUAUUACUUAAGCAACUUUUCACAGCUCAUAUCGCCAUCGAAAAGUCAUCUUAUAAUCUGAUCACCCACCUGAGAGGGGAAAAAAAAGUAAAAUGGCUCUCAGAAGUGCCUUCACACGUCUGCUCUCCAACAGCCGUAUGUCCGUGGCUGUGACCUCAUCCAGAGCUCAGGGCACAGUGGUUGCAGCACAAAAAGGUGCUGAAGAAGCCAAAAAGCCGGCAAAGCCAGCCAAGGUGGCAUUCAGCUGGCGGGAUGCUCUCGACCUGGAGGGUCAGCUGACGGAGGAAGAGAUCAUGAUCCGGGACUCGUUUCGGGACUACUGCCAGGAAAAACUCAUGCCGCGUGUCCUUAUGGCCAACAGACACGAACAUUUUCACCGUGAGAUUGUCUCAGAGAUGGGAGAGUUGGGAGUCCUAGGCCCAACUAUUAAAGGGUAUGGUUGUGCAGGUACGAGUUACGUGGCAUAUGGUUUGAUUGCCAGAGAGGUUGAGAGGGUGGACAGUGGAUAUCGGUCUGUAAUGAGCGUUCAGUCUUCACUGGUCAUGCACCCGAUUAAUGCGUAUGGCACAGCGGCCCAGAAGGAGAAGUACCUGCCCCGGCUUGCUCGGGGAGAAAUCAUAGGUUGCUUUGGUUUGACAGAACCAAAUCAUGGCAGUGAUCCCAGCAGUAUGGAGACAAAGGCCAAGUACAACCCAUCGAGUGGUACCUUCACCAUCAGUGGCGCUAAGACCUGGAUCACAAACUCUCCUGUGGCAGACAUUGCAGUAAUCUGGGCGAAGUGUGAGGAUGGGAGAGUGCGGGGUUUCAUCUUGGAGCGUGGCAUGAAGGGCUUUUCCACCCCCAAGAUUGAGGGCAAAUUUUCUCUGAGGGCAUCUGCCACUGGCAUGAUCCUGAUGGAUGAAGUAGAAGUUCCUGAGGAGAACCUGCUGCCCAAAGUCUCUGGCCUCGGUGGUCCUUUUGGUUGUCUGAACAAUGCCCGGUAUGGUAUUGCCUGGGGAGCUCUGGGAGCAGCUGAAUUCUGCUUUCACGCUGCUCGACAGUACACUCUGGACAGAAUCCAAUUUGGUGUGCCACUGGCCAGGAACCAGCUGAUGCAGAAGAAAAUGGCUGACAUGCUAACAGAGAUCACCAUUGGGCUGCAGUCAUGCCUGCACCUGGGAAGGCUUAUUGAUGAGAAGAAGGCAGCACCGGAGAUGAUCUCCAUGCUGAAGAGAAAUAGCUGUGGCAAGGCACUGGAUAUUGCCAGACAAGCCAGAGACAUGCUGGGAGGAAACGGCAUCUCGGAUGAGUACCACAUCAUCCGUCACGCCAUGAACUUGGAGGCUGUCAAUACAUAUGAGGGAACCCAUGAUAUUCAUGCAUUGAUCCUGGGCAGAGCGAUUACUGGACUUCAGUCUUUCACUGUGGAAAACUAAAUGAUCUCCACUAUCUUCUUCAAACUAACUUGGAGUGAUGAACUUUGCAACUAAUUUACCUCAUAUUAAGAGCAAUUCCUGGUGGGAUACAUCACAAACACCUCAUCAUAUUCACAGUUAUAGCAUACUGGGGGAAGCAAUAUAUUACUGCCUCGUUUAGGUGAAUAUUAAAGGUCAACCUAACAUAGCUUACGGUCCAGCUGAGAUAUUUAUGAUGACAAUGCAUGUAAAUAAAUGGCUUGAAAUAAA